AUGUCAUCAAAUGUUGGGCUUUCGACCCCUCGCGGCAGUGGCACCUCUGGCUAUGUGCAGCGAAAUCUUGCACAUAUCCGACACCGCGACCAGGGCAAACCUUACUCUACAGACAUCGACAGCAUGAGGCAUCGACCCCGCCAACCAGACAAGGAAAUUUUAGAACACGAUCGGAAACGACAGGUCGAGCUAGAAGUGUUUGAGUUGAGGGACAGGCUUGAAGAUGAGGGCGUUGACGAAGAAGAGAUUGACACACAGACAGAAGCACUUCGAAAGAAGUUGUUACAGGCUUUGGAGAGAGGCAAAGGAGGAGGCACCAGUGCGAAAGGUCUGAAAAUGCAUCAGGUACACGAACUUGCCGAAGCGAAAAUAAAGCAGGACAACAAGUUCAGGAGCGCUCUGGGUAUCAGCAAGAAUUACGAGGAAGGAAGUCACUGGAAGAAGAACGACGAGAAGCGUAUGGCAAGGAUGGAGACCCUAGAGAAAGAAGGACGUCUUGAUGAUGAUAGAUGA